AUGCGACCAAUCUCUAUCCUGAGCUCUGCCCUUCCAAGCGCAGCAUGGGCAGCCCUCGUCCCCCUGGCAGUCAACACGUGGGGUGGGGCCUUCACGGUGGCGACGGACGAGGCGUACGCGCGCCUGACGUCGGGGUCGUCGGCCCUGGACGCAGCGCAGGCCGGCUGCGCGGCGUGCGAGCGCAACCGGUGCGACGGCACGGUCGGCUACGGCGGGUCCCCGGACGAGUCGUGCGAGACGACGCUGGACGCCAUGCUGAUGGACGGCACGACGCUCAACACGGGCAGCGUGGCGUCUCUUCGGCGCAUCCGCGACGCCGUCGCCGUCGCCCGCCUCGUCCUCGACCACACCGACCACACCAUGCUGGCUGGGGACCAGGCCACGGCCUUUGCCGUCCAGAACGGCUUCGUCCAGGAGAACCUUACUACUGCCGAGUCCGCAGCCCAGUGUGCUGACUGGAAGGUCAGGGACAGGUGUCAGCCGAAUUACCGCGUCGACGUCGUCCCGGAUUCCCAUUCUUCACCACAGGCCUCGCACGACACAAUCUCCCAGAUCACAAUCGACCUCGGCGGCUCCAUGGCGGCGGGGACCACCACCAACGGCGCGUCCCACAAGGUCCCCGGCCGCGUCGGUGACGGGCCCAUCCCCGGCUCGGGGUCCUACGUCGACGGAGAGGUGGGCGGGUGCGGCGCCACCGGUGACGGGGACGUCAUGAUGCGCUUCCUCCCCUGCUACCAGGCCGUCGAGAACCUCAGGCGCGGCAUGGACCCCACCGAGUCGGCUCGGGACGUCGUCGCCCGCAUGCUGAGGCGCUAUCCCGACCUGGCGAGCGGCGUCGUCGUCGUGGACAGCCGUGGCCGUCACGGCGGCGCGGCGAGCGGCUGGACCUUUACGUAUGCUUUUCGAGGGGGCGAUAUGAAUGCUACCGAAGUUGUCACCAUCGAGCCUCUGAGCUGA